AUGUUUAGAAAGAAGAUAUCUAAUUAUUCUUCGAAGCAUAAUCAAGAGGUUCAGAAAUCAGCUUUUGAUGAAUCUUUCUGGCAAUGGUACGUCGAUAGUUAUGGUAAACCUCAACCCGCCGAGAAGGAUAAUGCCUCGCAUAAUACCAAAAAAUAUCACCAUAAUUCUUCGGCAGUCACUACUCUAACAAAGUACUUUGACGCUUUAAAGUUACCAACACCAUCGGUGAACGAAAUCAUCUCUUUGCUAAAGUCGCCAUUUACGCAAGGCGACAUAGUUAAGACGUUCCAUCUUAUUCGGUUUUUCCAGCUAAGUAGCGAAGGGUUAUUCUUGACUAAUGUGCCGUAUGACAAAGCCGGGUGUUCUAUUCAAUAUGUUGGGGCAGAGAAUUGGGAAAAUGUGAUGUGUUAUCUUGAUGCGUUAUUGUAUUCGAUGUUUUCUAGCUUGGAGAGUUUUGAACCGAUAUUGUUCAUCUCAAAUCACGAAAACAUGUAUGUCAAUCAAUUGGCAGCAAUAUUGAGGGUUUAUGUCAGUUUAAUUCGUUCUGGAAACAUGGUUACAACUGAUUUGACUACAAGACUUUGCGAAAUUUUAAUGAAGCUUGGAUUUCACGAAGCCAUGUCUCAUAAACAACAAGAUUCUGCUGCAUUAUUUCAAUUUUUAACUGAUACGCUAUCAAUGCCUAUGUUAACGUUCAAGAUUGAUAUAAAACAUGGUGGAAAGCGUGAUAAGGAUGAUCAAAAGUAUUCUAAUGAAAGAAUUCUUUUUGUCAGUAUACCCGAGGAUGAUGAAGAUACUAAACUGCAAGCGUCAGAAAAUUCCGAUGCUGAAGAGGGAAUUUUACUUGAAGAAUGUUUAGAGCAUUAUUUUAAUAAUUCAAUAAGCGUGAAGCGAGAGUUGGAGCGAAGAGCUACACUUGAAAGCUUAAGGAGGGAAAGUAACCCAGGUGGUGAAAUCUCUUACCAGCCCUCUGCAUCUGACCGCAACUUAUCCAGAGUAGAUACUGAUGUUUCUAGAUCGCAACCAAUCAUGGAGAAUGUGAACAUAGAUGACCAAGAGAAAAACAAUUCAGUCAGUGGUGGUACAAGUAGAAGGUUUAGGUCUGAUAGUAAGAACAGUGUUAGACAAAGUAUAAGGACUAGAUCAUCCACUCUUUCUAUAUGGUCUUUAAAUGACAAUGAUGUAUCUACAUCGAAAGAGGUUAGUUUACCAGCAUGGAUGUUUUUGAGAUUAUUGCCUUUUUAUACUGAUAUAAACGAAAUGCACACCGCAGAUGGAAAUAUUCAGAGCAUCGCAAAGAAUUCUAAGGAAUUUGUCAAUAGAAGACCUAUUUUACCAAUAUGUUUAAAAAGGUACUCAUAUAAUGAUUCUAAGGCUCAAAGAUCGCAGAAACGAAUCAUUAUACCACCAAUCAUUAAUAUUCCUCGCUUUAUAGCUGAUGAUGAUGAUGAUGAUGCUCCUGGAGAUUUUAAAUUGAUCUUAGAAAGUGCGGUUUGCCAUAAAGGAACAACGAUUACACUGGGACAUUUCAUAUCUGUAACCCGUAAAAAUACCUACAGGCUUGAUGAAACUGAUGAGGAAGCAUAUAAUGCUCCUUGGUAUUUGUACGAUGAUAUGAAGAAGAAAGCGAGAGUAGUCGAGAAGUCUUUUAAAGAUAUAUUCAAUACUGAAUGGCCAUACAUGCUAUUUUAUAGAUUGGUUUCUAAUGAUGAUUCUAAUUCCAUUGCAAAUAGCCCAAAUGGAGGCGGCAUACGCUCUAAAAGUCUUCAUGAGAACAUUAAGCCAAUAGUUGUACCUCACGGUGCAAAAGGUCAAUGGCUAGAUCAUACUAAUUUGCUGCCAAUAAUAUCUGCCACACCUUCUUAUGACGACCUUGCAUUAUCAUCUAGGAAACAAAGUGUUAUAAGUACUACAUCAAGUACGCCUAUACCGGAUAUAGCUCCAACUGAUCCAAGAUUCGUCGAUAUUAGAGAUAAAUAUUUUUGGUAUGUUACUGACAAAGAUAAGAAUUAUUAUAAAGAAGAAUGCAUUCACUCAAAAGGUAGUCAGGAAACAACAGUGAGUUUAAGUCCAUAUUAUCGUCGGAAUAGUCAAUGGAGUGAGACAUCUAAUAUUAGUAGUAUCAAUCCAUUACCCAAUAAAAAAGAUGAGCUGUCCGACAUUAAUAAUGUGGUAGAUGACUUGAAUAAAUUAACGUUGACUUCGACAGCUAGUUCUGGAAAUAUUUCUUAUUGGAAACGAGCGAAGAAAACGAAAGCAGACGAGAAAGACGUUUCUGAUAACAUCAAUGACAAGAAAAGUCCCGUAGAGUCUAUUAACUUUGAUAAUAUGUCAAGUAAAUCUUCAUUGAAGUCUAAUCCAAAUACAGGAGACAAUAACCAUAAGCAUCUUUCGCGACCACAAGUACUGCAUCGUCCCGACUCUGCUGAUAUGAGUGAUGCAGAUGAAUACAAGAAAUCAAGACUAUUUGGUAAAAAAUAUAAAAGAAAGAGAGAAGAAUAUAAGAAGGAAAAAUGUAUAAUAAUGUAG